AUGCACUUUCUUGCGCUAAGAAACAAAAAGUUAAACUGCAUGAUGGAAACAGAUGCCUGCACGGAAGAUCGGGUGAAGACAAAGGAGUGGCAACGCCCUAAAGAACAGACACUCUUUCUUUCAUUUGUUUCGUGGCGUCUUCAAUUUGGGUGAGCGUUGCAUGUGCAUGCUUUUUCUCUGAUAAACAUCUUUCUUGAUUCGCCUUAAAUAAAUUUCUACCUUGUGAACAAGGCCAAAACCAAACUUGUUGAUAUUUGUAUAUUGUUACGGCGAACUGAUCUGUGAAAUUGAUUUGUGCUGAACCAUGAUGGAGUGAUUCGUUUUCCCUUAAAGGAAAACAGUAUUUCAGAGCAUUUCAGGGCUUUCAUCAUAGUAUAAGUUUCAGUUCAUUUCUUGAAAAUUACACCAAAGUCAUUCAGCUACAGUUGAGCAAACAAAAGUCGGUUGAAUACUGUCUUACUGUCCUCAGAGUGCUAAACCUUUCGCAACGUAGAAACUUGCUGUAAUUCUGGCUGUAAUGUCUUCACAACAUUCUACUUAAUGUUUCACUUCUCAAACUAAAAAGUAACUUGUAAAUUCGGCUCCAAAGAACAUUUUUUACUCGCAGAUACGAAGUAAAACACAACAUAUAACUAACGCAGUUUUACAUUGCUCUGGUUGUUUCGAAGAGGUUUCAUUCCACAGUUAAUCUCCAGUAUAGGGCAUCCUCAAAUUGUUUUAGGAUUACAGUGUUCUUACAAACAGGUGAUAAUAACUUCAAAGGCGAGAACCGUAGACCAAUGAUAAAUUUUUUUGGUAGGGUGUCUGUUAUACGAGUUGUAUUCAGUGCUAUUUAGAGCUGACGUUGGUCAACCACUCGGCUAACCAACAACAUGUAGUUGCCUAA